AUGGUUCGUCUCUCAAUUAUCGGAAUCACCCUUCCACCGGCAACUCGACGCGGGGCGAUGACGACAACGGGACGGUUCGCAUUCGUGGUCGCACCCGUGUGUCAGGCGGGAAGGGAAGGGCAAUGUACCAUUCCGACAGCUGCGUGUACCCGUGUUCAUCCAGACAGGAAGCACGGCUGGCACGGCAAGUGCCGGAGAGACUUGAGGCGACGAAAGAUUCGAGACGGUGGCGAUGAUGGAAUUUUCGAUCAAUACAAAGCAUGGUGGUCACAGACACCGAAGUACAUAUGUGGGAUGGUGGAGGCUAGAGUUGCAUGCGUGAAGAGACAUGCAUAUCAAACACAUGCUGAAUACGGGAACGAGCUCGUCAGGACUUGCCUUCAGCUCAGCUCAGCCGCUAUUUCUGUCGCCUUGAUUACUUCGCGCUUCAGCCCAAUCAUCCGCUCAGCCUCGCGCAACCAGCGAAAAUGCAAGAAGCAGUAAGCGGCAGGCAGGCUGAAGGGGAAAAUCCUCAGCCCCAAGCCCAAACCCACAUUCGGGCCAUUCACAACCGCCAGCAAGUGAAACAAAGCAAGCGUCGGUAUCCGUGAUAACACGAAUCACAGAUGCAAUGUCAUCAAGCGAACCCACCCCUCAUGUCUUUGAAAGGGGGGCAAGGAGAAAGGGGAUUCGUGGCCCAAUCGGAUAGGACUGAUGGGGGGAAGACGAGGACGAGGACGAGGAGGGUCGCACGCCUUGCUGCCCAGAAGCAGUACGGCUGGGGCAUCGGGUGAGCAGUAGAGGUUAGAGGGGCGUGGAUGGUGAAUGGGGG